AUGUCAUCUAGAUCCAAGGAAGACAGUAACUCAGGGCUGCAGCAGGCUGGAGAUAGAGGUGGUAGGGAUGAGGCAAAAGGUGAAAACUGGGCCUUGUACAGACCACAGUCCAAAGGAAGCAGGAAAGCAACUGUCAACCCUCUGGUUCAGAAGUUGGGAAAGCACUGCAGACUGAUGAUGCCAGUAGCAGUCAUUAAAUUUUUCAUUGGCCUGGUUGGAAAUGGAGUCCUUGUGGUCUGGAAUUUCAAAGAAUGGAUCGGAAAAGUCAAGGGAUUCUCAUAUAACCUCAUUGUCCGUCUGGCUGGCUGCUGGUUUCUCUUGCAGUGGAUCAUGAUGCUGGACAUCAUCCUGCUUCCAUUUUUUCAGAACAACCAUUGGCUUCGCUAUCUCAGUAUCUUUUGGGUGCUGGUUAGUCAAUGUAGCUUAUGGUUUGCUACUUUCCUCAGUGUCUUCUACUGUAAGAAGAUCACGAACUUCACUCACCCUGCCUAUUUGUGGCUGAAGCACAGGAUCAAAAUCUUUACUGUCUGGUGUCUUCUGGGAUAAUUUCUCAUCUAAUUAUAGUCAACACUGGUUUAAAUCCCUCCAGUUUUGCCCCUGGAAACAACAGCAUUCUUUUCAAGCUGGCACGCUCGUUUAGUAUUUCAGCUCACUGCAGUAAGUUGGUUUCUUUUCAUGGUGUUUCUUGCUUCUUCUGGGGCAUUGACUGUGUCUUUGUAUAGACACCACAAGAAGAUGAAUGUCCAUAAAGCUGGCAGGAGAGAUGCUCAAGCACAGGCUCACAUUACUGCCCCGAGGUCCUUGGGCUGCUUCCUUACACUGCACUGACUUGUGACUACCCACUUUGCCCUCACUUCCCAAUAUUCUGCUGAUCUUACCAGGGCACUAAUGUGUGAAACACCUGCCUACCCAUCUCUUCAUUCUAUCAUAUUGAUUAUGGGGAUUCCUAGGGUGAAGCAGAUUUUUCAGAGAAUUCUGUUGAAGACAUUGUGUGUUUGGAGAUCCUGGGGCCCAUGA